CAGGUAAAGGUGAGCUGGGGCGACCGAAUGGGGUAAACCCAAACUUGUGGUGCUGAGGAACUAACUGCUGAUAAGAACAAUGCCUGGUCUAUUUUCAAGCUUGAAGUCCUUCACCGUUGUCAUAAACCAUAAAGACAAUGAUCAGAACUGCCCAUUUAAGCCAGGUGAUGUCAUCGAUGGGACAGUCGAGAUUGACGUAAAAAAUUCGAUCAAUGCCACCAGUCUAGAGGUGAAUCUCAUUGGGGAAGCUGUGGUGACCUUCAAAAAAUGGUACCACAGUUUCUGGGAUCGGGAAGAAGAGGCAGAGACUGUAUUAGAACUCAGUAAGGUCUUAUGGAAACGUGAUCAAGAGGAUGGGACCAAGGAAACUCUCCCUCUGGGUCAUCAUUCCUUUCCCUUCAAAUUCAGAUUACCAAAAUCUCUUCCAUCUACAUUCAAAUUCUUCUGUGGCAGUCCCCUGGAGUGGAACAGUAACGUUAAUGGUGGACAAAUUGAAUACCAUGCUUCAGCACAUAUAAACCUCAAAACGCAUUUCGGUGAAAAGAAAAUUCCAACUAAACCCAACCAGAUGGAGUUUCUAGUUAAACGACCUGUAAACCUUGAUAAGAAACCAGAGCUCUUUAAACCUGCUGAGGCUUCUGGGGAGAAACAGAUCUUCUGUGCUGGAGGUAAAAUAGAGCUUAAUGUUCAACUGGAAAAAACAGGUUUCACGGAGGGUGAGCCAGUCAAGCUGUCAUUAUCUGUCAAUAAUAACAGUCGCAGUACUGUAAAAAAGGUAAAACUGGUGCUAGAAAAACGAAUGUAUUUCAGAUAUCUCAAGCGCACCAAAAUGAAAUGUACAAAACAAUUAGUUGAGCUAAAUGUACCAUUGAACGUUCCAAAGGGAGAGGUAGCGACAACAUCUAACAGACAGCUCAUCAUUCCGGGUUCGACAGAACACUCCAAGAUGAAAGGCAUCGACAAUAUAGAUGUGAGAUAUAAACUUGUUGCAACAGUGCCCAUAUUUGGUCAAAGUCCUGUUGUUGCCAUAUCAGGUGUCACUAUCGGGGAGAGAGAUUCCAAUCGAGCUCUAUAAAGUGGACAUACAAGUCAGUGAGAGCUUUAUGCUGUUUUCUAAGUAUGGAUCAUAGCAUUUAUAAUAUUAUCCUUGUUUAGCCAAGGUUCGGGAUACUCCAUUGUAAAUACACUUAAUGUGUAUGAUUAAUGUCUGCAUAAAUAUGAAAAGCACAAUUUUAUAGGCAUGUUGUAUGUAACCUGCUAGAGAAAGACCACUAGGUAUUAGGGAAGUCCCCCAAUAUUUCAUCUAUUGGACAACCCCUCACAAAAGGUGAACUAAAAAAUGUUAAUAGGAAUCUAUCACAUCAGAUAAAUCAUUAAAAUUAAGGACUUUCCAACGAUCUUUCUCAAAGGGGCAAAAUCCUAAUUUUACAUAUUUUGGUCA